ACUUCCUAUAGGGACUGAAAACCAAGUGAGGAGAUGAAGGAUUACACUGUACUAUAGUGCAGAGAAUACAGAGAGGAUAUACACCGCAGACAGAUCCUGACCAUCACUCAAGGAACAACUGCUCAGCUGUGGAAAGACAUCCAAUUCCUUCACAGCAUUGCUCAACACAUAGAAGGUUGGGCAGUGAAACUAUCAUCUGGAAAUCGGUCAGAUCAGAGGAGUUCUGACACAUCAUCAGAUCUGAAACUGGUCAGUGAUGUGGAACCUUUAAUCAGAACCAGCCUUUCUGAUUCUUCUGCUGCGGGUGAUCGAUCAGAGUGAGGCUGGGAAGAGGAGGAAGUGGCCCCAAUCAUUCACUGAGACUCGUGAACUCAUUCUGACAAGGUGGAAACUGUUCAUGUGUGAAGUGUGUAAGGAGGAUUCCACAGGCUCACAAGAUCUAGCACAAAAGCUGCAUCACUAAACAGCCAUCUAGAGGAAAAACCAUUCAAGUGUGAGAUGUGUGACCAGGGUUUCAUGCAGUCCUCGAUGCUCACGAAACACCAAAAUAUCCAUAGUAGGGAGAAGCCAUUCAUUUGUGGAGUGUGCAAUAAAUCAUUCUCUCGGUCAUCACACCUUCGCAAUCACCGAUAUGUUCAUACAGGGGAGAAACCAUUUAAAUGUGAAGUUUGUGAUAAAGCUUUUGCAACAUCUACGACCCUCCUAAAUCAUCAACGCAUUCACACAGGGGAGAAACCCUUCAGCUGUCAGUUUUGUGACAAAUCUUUCAUCUACUCUUCUGAUCUGAAGACACACCAGAGGAUCCACACAGGGGAGAAACCUUUCAGGUGUGACAUAUGUGACCAAGCCUUCACACACUCGUUGACUCUUGUGAAUCACCGGCGCAUUCACACUGGAGAGAAACCAUUCAAGUGCAAGUCGUGUGAAAAAUCAUUCUCGCAGUCAUCACAUCUCCGCUUGCACCUACGCAUUCACACUGGGGAGAAACCAUUCGCAUGCAAAGUUUGUGACAAAGCAUUCUCGCAACCAUCGCACCUCCGCAUCCACCAACGCAUCCAUACAGGGGAGAAACCAUUCAUAUGCAAAGUGUGUGACAAAUCAUUUUCGCAAUUAUCGAACCUCCGACUCCACCAGUCCAUGCACACAGGGGAGAAGCCAUUCACGUGUGAUGUUUGUGACAAAUCAUUCUCGAAGUCAUCAUGUCUCCUUGACCACCAACGCAUUCACACAGGGGACAAGCCAUUUAUGUGCAAGUUGUGUGACAAAUUGUUCUCACGAUCAUCAGCGCUCCUCAACCACCAACGCAUUCACACAGGGGACCAACCAUUCACGUGUGACGUGUGUAACAAAUCAUUCUCUGUCUCAUCAACGCUCCGCGUCCAUCAACGCAUUCACACAGGGGAGAAACCAUUCAAGUGUGAAGUGUGUGACAAGUCAUUCACCGACUCAUCAACUCUCCGUGUACACCGUCGCACUCACACAGGGGAGAAACCAUUCACAUGCGAAGUGUGUGACAAAUCAUUCUCUGAUUUAUCGACCCUUCGUGCACAUCGACGUGUUCAUACAGGGGACAAACCAUUUAUGUGUGUUGUGUGCAAGAAAUCAUUCUCGCAGUCGUCAAACCUUAGGAGACAUCAACGUUUACAUACAGGGGAGAAACCAUUCAGACGUGAGAUUUCUAAUUAGGCUUUUACUGACUCCUAUGCUUUUGUGAGAGACCAAAGAAUUCAUGAAGGGAGAAGUCCUUUGAAUGAGAGGUAUAUGACAAAGCCUUCACAUGAUUAUUGAGCCUGGAAGUCCUUCACUGGAGUGUUAGUCCACGCUGGAGAUAAAGUCUUCAUUCAAACAAACUUUUGGGACAUCAUUGAACCUCCUGAUAUAGCAGAUGAUUCACUCUUUGAAGAAGAGGAGGUGAGAAAUGUUACAAAUCUUUCUUGCAUUUAACAAACCUCUGCGCACACCAACACAUGCACCCAGGAGAGAAACUAGUCAACUGUGAGGUGUGAGACAAAGCCCAGAUAGAUUUAAACAGCCAUCUGCAGUACCAGGGGAGAAGCCCAUCCAUUGUGUAUGCGAUUUGCAAUAAAACUUCUGUGACAGCU